AUUAACGGAAAUAUCCUACCCUAAUAUAAACUAGACGUUUCGCACUUUAGUCGUUCAGUUGAGCACAACUUUUCUUGCGAAAAAUUCAUUCUCAGCCAGUUAAUUCACAAAACCACACAAGGGUAUUUUUCAUAUUUUUCUUAUUUCAAGGGGCGACAUGAGCGAAUCCCACAUCCUAGCAAAACCCUUCACCCCACAAGAGCUGGAAAAUCUUAAGUCCAUCCUGCGAAAUCUCCCGUCCUAUAAAGACAACACGAUCCACAAUUCUGAAUACAUCACUUUCUGCAACGCUGCUGGAAUUCCAACCACACCUGAACAGGCCGAAGCUUACAAAAACUAUUUCCGUGUCCCCCGUGGAGAUGACCUCUGCAGUGUCAACGAUAUCAUGAAAGUGUUCGAAAGCCUGCACGAUAUAAAAGCCUACUGUCUCACCGUGGCGAAACAUUUCGACAAAAAUGGCGACGGAGAAAUCUCAAUGGAAGAAUACGACGCUGGAGUUGCCGCAAUGAAAGCCUUCGACCCAGACCUGUUUGGUGAGAAGGGGAAACUGGGGUUUGAUGAAUUGAUAAAAAAAGCGGAUAAAAAUAAUGACGGAAAGUUACAAGUUGAAGAGUUGGCUGCCUGGUUUUCAAAUAUGCAAAAUUAAUCUGUUAUUUGUUUGCACAUCAUUUCAAUUGUUGCAAGUAUUUAGAUGUGUGCUACAAAAUAUUUGUUAAUUUAAAUCAUAAAAAAUAAUCAAUAAAUUUCCUGUUUAUUUCUGAACUUCAGAAGUGCCA